AUGAAAUCGAAGAUCAAUAUUGCAAAGUUUCUUAUUAAUAAAUCAUUGAUUGAUAUUAAUGAUGAUAGGUUAUACCUCGUCAUCAUCAAAGCUAUGAAAAAUAUUUUAGAAAUAUGUGAAUUCUAUAAAAAAAAUGAUUAUUAUGAUAAAAUCGUUUCGAAAUAUACUAAUUUGGUUAAAGGAAUUAAUGAAGCCAGAGACCCUAACAAAUAUGUGAUUGUAACAGCUAUGCGACUUUCUAAACAUGACUUUAGACCAAUACUAUAUUCGGAUAUGCCGUAUUUGAAACGAGUGAUAGAAAAUCUUGAAGGAUUAUAUGUAGAAAUAAGUAAACAAGAAAAUAAUGCUAUGAAUAGAUAUAAAGCUCAAUUGGAUACAAAAUGUGGAACGAAACCACUAUCUAAAUUUCAAAUUUAUAUGGGAAAAGAGUUGAAGAAAUAUAAAUUAGAAAAUCCUAAUGUUUCGCAUAGGAUUGCUUUUGGUAUAGUUUCAUCGUCAUGGAAGGAUUCUUCGGAAAAUCCGAAAAGUUGUUUAACAUAG